AUUACCGUACUACUGUGCUACAUGGGCCGCUAGAUCAUCAUCUAUCAAUAUGGACGGGGUGAAAGCUGCUAAGAGACGCAAAAUCACAGAUAAAUCCGUCCCAAAUGCUCUUGCGCAGCUUCCAGAGUUCGCUGAGGACUCACACAUGUACCAAAGCUUGCUAGAGAUGGAAAAGAGGCUCGACUGGACAAUGAACCGGAAAAAAGUGGAAGUGCAAGAUGCAUUGGCGCGCAAUCCGACUGUAGUUUCACAUGCCUGCAAUAUACGAUUGGUACUAACAGAUUAUCAGACUGCACGUACACUGCGGCUAUUCUUGAGCCAUACGGUCUCUGGGCAGCUGUGGCAAACUGGCGAAGCUGGUGCCGAGGGCGUAAACUUUGAGACGGGGCAGGGAAUUCCAGCCUGGUCUCUGAAGGUUGAAGGGCGACUAUUAGAGCUUCCCAAUCAACGUGCGCGGGACAGGGUUUCUCCUCGAAAAUUCUCCACUCUCAUCAAACGAAUGAUCGUUGAGCUUGACCGUGACCCAACUUUGUAUCCAGAUGGGAAUGUCAUCGAGUGGCCUCGGGGUCCGACUAUUCAGCAGCCUCUCGAUGGGUUUACCGUAAGGCGAACUGGGGACCAGCCGACGAAAGUGCGCCUCAUAGUAUAUCUCGAGCAGACACCAGAGCAGUACAAAGUGGCAUCAGACCUGGGCAACGUCUUGGGAAUCAAAGAGGAGAGUCGCAUUGGCAUAAUUCAGGCCAUGUGGAACUAUAUCAAAAUACAUGGCCUGCAAGACAAAACAGAUCGCCGAAGAAUACGCGCUGACGAUUAUCUGAGACCGAUCUUUGGCGGAGAAGGCAUUAUGUUCCACCAGCUGCCAGAGCUAGUCAAUCGAUAUUUGAUGCCUCCAGACCCUGUAGUUAUCUAUUACACCAUUAACCCAGCACAGAUACCCCCAGAGCGCCCUUCUGCAUGGGAUAUCGAAGUCAAGAUGGAGGACACGAGUUUGAAGAACCGCAUUAUGGUGACAGUACAAUCAAGUAAAGACAGCACGUCCGACCUCACCAAGUUGGAUGAUGAAAUUGCGCUGCUAUCACAAUCACUACAUAACUCGCACACGAAGCGGCAAUUCCUUCAAAGUUUCGCCAGAGACCCAGCUAAUUUCAUACAAACGUGGUUGGCAUCGCAGUCUCGCGACUUGGAAAGUGUGCUCGGGAGUGGACCGAGUGAAGGUGCCACUAUUCGCGCGGAGGAGUUGCGUAGGAGUGAUUUCUUCAGGCUACCUUGGGUUGAGGAAGCUGUUGCUGUUCAUGAAGGGUUGCGUCUGGCAUCUCGAGACUACAAUAGCUCUAAGCGCCCACGUUGGGCAUUACGACGGCACACCUUUCUCAUUCUCACUGUCAUGGCCAGUAAACAGGCAAGUCUUUUAUUAAUUGCUUUUGAGCUAGUCAUGAAGUGGGCUGGUGAGAAAAUAUCCUCGCGAGAUAAGACUAUCGUCGCGGAAGAGUUCAAGGACAUUGAGCAGGACAUCGAGCUCCGAAAAGAAGGGAUUCAGAAGCUGCAGGCAGCUGCGGAAGAUUACCAGCAUGUACUUUCCAAAAAGAAGGAAUCAACCGUUAUACAAGAGGCAGAGAAACUCAUGCCGCUUGAUGCACUGGGAAUCGUAAUGAUAUCACAUGGUGAAGAAUUUGGAGACGAAUCUGCUUUCGGGACAUCACUGGUGAAGUUGGGUAGAGCUCAUUGCAAGGUUGCCACUCUGCAGGAGGCGUUCGCCCUUACUUUUCAGGACACCUUCAUCACUUCCUGCCAGAACUUCGUUCAAGACAUAAAGGACUACGAACACCAGCGGAAGAAGUUGGAGAGUAGGAGGCUGAGCUAUGACGCCGCUAUCACUAAAUUUGAUAAGAUCAAAGGCAGCAAAAAGGAAAAAGAAAAGGAAAGGCGAGAAGCUGAGGAUGAGCUACAACGUAGCCGUCUGCGCUACGAAGAAACUGCUGAAGAUGUGCGCUCCCGAAUGCAGGCUAUUCAGGAAAACGAGAUACAACAACUUCGAGAAUUAACUUCGUUUCUGGAUCUCAAGCUCAAUUUCGCCAAGCAGUACUAUGAAGUGUUGCAGGAUGUGAAAGCAAACUGGUGUGACGAGUCUACUCUGGCAAAGUUUGAGACUCAACGAAAGAGCUUUCACCCUCCUGUCUUCUCACGCGCCACAGAUGAUGGCAGAUUUCAGUCUGUAUCCAAGGGGUCCAUGAUUUCCCAUGCGUCUGGUGCAGUAGCUUCCUCCAACGGUUCCGACGAGCAUACUUCGUCCCCUAUUUCUACCCGCCGGAAGUCAGACGCAGGGAACAAGACCAUCUCACGACCGUCGUCGCGGGCAUCUCGUAAACGCUCCGAUAGCAGUGUUACACGGAAACGUUCUGACAGUGAGGCUACAUCUGGUGCCCCCGAGACUCCGAAGGCAGACAUCUCGGGUAAGAAGAUGAACAUUACUGGUUGGGCAUCGAGCGCCAUGAGCUCGAUGACGGGAAGAGGGAAAAAAGACAGAGAUAACUUUGCAGCCCUCACAAACGGGGACGACCCUGAGACAGAUAUCACCGACUUUUCCCGUCCUCCAAGCUCUCGGUCCUUUUCUCGGAAAUCACCCAGUUCCAAGGCGAAAGAACUACUUAAUGGGUCCCCCAAAACGGCGACCCAAAUCAUGAAGCCGCCUUCCCAAUAUGCACAAAAGCUUGUUCGGGCGUUACACGACUUUACAGGUUCUUCCGAUGAGCUCACCUUCAAAGCCGGCGACGAAAUUAUCGUUAUCCAAGAAGUCCUGGAUGAGUGGUGGCUUGGCGUUUUGUCAAACGGUCGGAAGGGGCUGUUCCCCUCUACAUAUACGGAAACCAUUUCAUUGUCACCAUCAUCUUAUCGAGUCUCGGCGCAGUCAUCUGAAGACGACUUGCACUAUACUGCUGCGAGCGAGGAUAGCGAAGACGAUGUCAGUUACCUUCUUGGAAGUCGUGUUAUGGACACGAGUCAUAUAUCUGCGAGGUUUGGACAUGGUUUCGAUACAGAGAGUGUCACUAGUACCGUUCCUGAGGAUGAGGAAGAGUCAAGGUUGGUGACGGCAAAAAUUGAUGAAGAAGAUGUGUACUAUAACCCGCGUCACGCAUCUCCACAACUGCUUCCACCUUCCAUCUCAAGCAGCCGACCUACCUCUGAGUCUAGCUUUGCAAUCAAGCGCGCUCCCCCACCUCUUCCGUCACGUCGACUGACUAACACAGCUGCUCCCCCGCUACCUAGCCGCACCUCUAUCAAGCCCCAGUCACAAUUUAAUAGUCCCCGUCCUCUGACAUCGGCAUAUCUGACACCAUCGCCUUCUGCGAGCAGUGUGCAAGGACCAAACGUGUCACCUUUUGAUAGCCUCUUGGACGUGUCUUCCACUUGAAGCUUGCGAAGCAGUUGCUCCGAUUCUGCGCUGGUCUUGGAUUAUCUGUAUUCGGUGGAUCGACAAGUAAUUUAGCUGUCGUUUUGCUAAAUCAUUGAUUGUUAAUGUGACUACUGACACUACGUCUACCGUGUCGAGGGGGAUUCGUCGGAUAGGCGAGCUCGGGGCCCUCUAGGUCAAGUUCGACUUUUAUUUGUUUGUUGUAUGCAUUCUUCGACACGAGCUCUCGGACAGACAUCUCCGUCAGUAUUAACUAAAACUACUAUAAUCGUUUGGUACGAACAAUUCAUGUUCAUCAGGAUGCUCGACUACUGAAUCUGUCGAUUACUUAUAAUUAGACAUGUAUGUGACUUGUGACAAUAUUAAUCGCA